AUGGAUAGAGAUUCCAUGAUGGAGGGUGCUUCUAAUUUUCGACCACCUUAUUUUGAUGGAAGUGACUAUGCUCUUUGGAAAACAAAAAUGAAAAAUCAUUUAAUAUCUCAAGGCAUUAGGGUUUGGAGGUCUGUUCUGUAUGGUUACGAAGAACCUACAAUCGAGGAUGCCAUCACGAAGGUGAUUAGAGCGAAAAAGGAAUCCGAGUGGAAUUCCGGUGAUAAUACGAGUUGUGAGGCUAAUGACCGUGCUUUAGGUGCUAUCUUUGGUGCUAUGUCUAGAAAUGAAAUCACACGUAUUUCCUCUUGUGUCACGGCCAAAGAGGCUUGGGAAAUACUUCGUACAUCUCAUGAGGGAAUAGAGACAGUUAGAGUAUCUAAGCUUCAAAUGUGCACCACGAAAUUUGAACAACUUAAAAUGCAUGAUGAGGAAACCUUUGAUAGUUUCAUCUCUAGGCUAACCGAACUUGUUAACACUUUUCAUAGUCUAGGUGAACCUCUCUCCGAUCUCAAAGUGUGUCGCAAAAUCCUUAGGUCUCUUCCCGAGAGGUUUAGGGUUAAGGUCACCGCCAUAGAAGAGCGUCCAGAUGUUGACAAUUUGACCUUUGCCGAGCUUGUAGGAAAACUUCAAAUCUUUGAGAUUAACCACCUCUCUGAUUUCAAACCCUCUAAGUCUAGUACUGGUAUAGCUUUUAAGUCCGCGCAUGAGGACACCUCGGAGACUUGUGAAGAUGAUGAUGAUUUGAGUGAUGAAGAGAUUACUAAAUUUGCUAAAAAAUUUAAGAAGUUUUUUAAGAGAAGGAAUGACCUAGGUAAGUCCCAUAAACCUUCGUCUAAUCUUAUGAAAAACACUCUAGGAAAUGAUGAUAAGAGGCCAUCGUUUGACAAGUCUAGAAAGCCACAAGGAAUCCAAUGCCACGAAUGUCAUGGUUUUGGGCAUAUUCAAUCCGAGUGUGCUAACACCCUCAAGAAAAAGAUGAAAAAGGGUCUUAAAGUCACAUGGGAUGAUGAUAGUGGAGAUGAUGAUAGUGAGAGUGGUUUUCAAAUAGGAGGUGAAUGGAAUUCUAGUGCCUCCGUGCUAGUGGCUACCGUUGACUCACCCAUUUCUCCUAAACUCUUGUCUGUUUCCUCCUCUUCUAGUCUUGAGAGCAUUGAAAGUGAUAAGUCAAGUGCCGAAGUAAAGAUAAUUAGAAAUGUUGAAAAUGAAGGAGAGGAAUAUGAGAUAGAAUCCAUUCAUGAGGUCUAUGACCUAAUGUAUGAAGACUUUAUGAAACAAGGAAAGAGAAAGAAAGAGUUGGAAACUUGUCUUAAAAUAGUGGAAAAGGAGAAAAUGUCUCUUAGGGAAGAUCUAACUAAUACAUCUCAAGAAUUAGAUGAGCUUAAGAAGUAUAAUGCCAAAUUAGCCAAUAAGUUUGCCAUCAUAGAGAAAGAGAGGUUAGAAGGAUUAAGAGAACUUGAGGAGGCUAAGUCUAGGAUUUGUCAGCUUGAGAGAGACCUUAGUGAGGCAAGCGAAGCCAUUAAAAGAAAUGACUGUGGAGCUACUAGAAUUGCCGAGAUGACGCCUACAUUUAGAGACAAGAGUGGUCUAGGUUUCCUAGAUCCACCAUCCCUUAAAACGGGGUCUAGUGAGCCUAAGAAGAAAAUCACGUUUGUAAGCGCUAAAACUAUAAUGAAUCCUUCCUUUUCUAGCAAUGCAAAGUCUAGUGUAAACGAGACACUUGUGAGUACUAAAGCCAUAGCUAAUUCUCUUUCAUCUAGCAACUCAAAACCUAUAGUACACGCGUUUCUUAAAAAGAGAGUCCUCACAUGUCAUCAUUGCGGGAGUGAGGGUCACAUUUGA